UACCGGACUUGGUCCACAGCUGAGGGGAUGGAAGCCUGCUGUGUGUCUGUAGUGUGUCUGUAGUGUGUCUGUGUCGGUGGUAAUGCAGCGGAGUAAAGCGUCUGUGAGUGUGGAGGUGAAGCAGGUGAUCGGAGCUCUGUGCAGACUGCUGGCGGCCACCGGGCUGGACUCGGUCCCAGCACCUGAGACCUUCAGACGGGCAAAAUUCAGUGGUGGACCCGAGGUGGAAGGUCAGUUUUGGAAGCUCCUCGCCACCAUCCUCCAGAGAACUGGUAUUGUAUCCUCUGAAGACAGCUCACAGCUAAGAGGAGACUCGGAGCACAGGAAGCUGGUGGCUGCAGGCCUCUGGCAGACUGGUUACCAUGCUGACUGGAUGUGUGGGACGGAGGCGGGAGAAGAUGAGGAGGGGAAGAGUUUGUCCAGCAGAGAUCUUCUACUGGCACUUGGCUGGCUGCUAGCUAAAGGAACACUAGAGAAACUGCUGACACAGAGAGUCCAGCAACUGGACAAAACCCUACUCACAUCUCUACCUGUGAAUACUCAGGUCUCUCGUGAGCUCCAGUUAGACUUGACCUCCCUGCGGAGACUUCAGUGGCUCGUUGGCUACCUGAGACACCAGAGGCGCAUCCUGCUGUCCAUGAUAGAAGAGCGAGCCCACUUACUUCAUGCUGUUUUUUCUGCCGGCCUCCCCUCAGCUGUAUCUUCCUCCUCAGAUUACAGUUCUACAGCACUGCAGGAUGACUGCGUUUGUAUGAGGCAUCUCUGUGACCUCCUGGAAACAUAUCUGAACUGGAAACAGGUGGAGAAAGUCUUUUGGACCUGGAUGGACAGUGUGGUGGACUGCCAUCUGACAGAACCUGUUGUUAAGACGUCUGUACAUACACCCCAUGUGUGUCACCACAAAAACCAGGAGCGAGAGGAAUUGGACGACAUGCUAUCGAGACGGCCCACAGCACAGAAAGGAGCGCGGAGGUGUGAGGACAGAAGAGGAGAGAGGUUGCAGGAUGGACUUGACACCACCUCUCUCUUAUGUCGCCCCUCGCAGGCCUACAGAGUCAGGCUCCAGGUUGAGGGGCCGGUCAGGGACCACAUCAACACAGCCGAGAGGCUCCAUGACAGCACCAAGGCUCCCGACACGUUCCCAGCAUCUCAGGCUGCACAGCUGCUUCUUCAGAGGGAGGCUCUGCUGCUGGAGCGCAGGGACAGGCAGAGACGGGCCAACAGGAUGCAGCUGCAGGAAAUUAUUGGCGAACUGGAGGGACUGGUGUUGAUACCACCAUAGACUUUUAGUUUUCAUCGAAUGAUUAGAUUUUGUAAUUGACAAAUUGACAAGGUCCUGUCAAUGAGAUAUGUUUUUCAGCAAUGAUCUUUUUUUUUUGGUGCUGCAAUCUUGUUCUGGAGAUGAUCCAGGGAACAGUUCCACAUUAUCAUGAACCAGCUGAUCAACUUAUCAGAUAAAUACACAUCAGUGUAAUAAGACCUACCUAAAAAGACAGAUUAUCUUUGAAUAAACAUU